GCCUCUCUCCGGCCGAAUCUGAGCUCAAAGCUUUUCCUUCCAUGUCCUCAUCUGCUGAAUCCUUGUGUAGGAUUGGGAAGGUUGUUCGCUUCCGCACUCAUUCCUCUCCCGUGAGUCCUCUCUGUCUUCUUUCACCUCCCCUGCUCUUCUCCGUUUUGCAUCCGUGUGCUCGUCUACUGAGAUCCUUUUCCCGUCUCUCAGAGCCCCCCGACAUCAGCAACUGGUUCUCUAGCUAUGUUUACGAGUCGCCGGAUUCUUUGGGUCUUCCCGAUAGUCUCGGUAGUCCUCUACUACUUGAGGAAGACGAAAGCCAAACCCAAGAACCGGUGGACGGUUCCUCUACAUCUAAGGAUUGCAAUUUGGUUGAUUUCCCAAAACACGGGAAGAACUCGUAUCACAACGUAGGCUUAUCUUUUGGGUCCUGCAAACAAGCUGGUUCUUUUAUGCUGAAAGAGAACAACCAGGAUUCGUUGCUGGGAGAUGAAGGGAAAUCUUGUCGACGAAAUGAUGAUGUUUGCAGUGACUACGGCAAUCGUAGCCUCGAUAAGAGCUCCGCUUCAUCUGAUAAGAGAAUACUCGAGAGGACAAAUUGCCAUGGGCAAAUCUCGCAUCAAGAAAGCGAUACCAAUGGGCUGUCACCAAAGCAGUGGGUUGAAGAUGAUGGCUUUGUUUCUGUGAAGAGUAAGGAUCGUUCGAGAGCCAGUGACAUCCUAAAGAUGCUGCCAAAUCAAUGGAAUGAUUGCUCGAAUAGGAACAAGAACACGGGAAGGAAUAAAAAAGAAUGGAUUGGAGAAACUGAUCACGUACAGCCAAAGAGAAAGCUGAAUCUGAAGAAGCUGCUCGGUGAGGAACUUCUCGCAACGCUUUCUGAAGAAAAGGGAGGCUGUUUGCCUUCAUCUGCUUCGGGUUCAGAGUGUACUUCAGCAGCAGCAGCAGCAAGUCUUGUGCAGAACAAGAGCUGCGACAGGACUGAUGGGAGAAAUUGGUUCGAAGAUAGCGAUAUAAUGCACGUUGACAACACUAAAAAGAAGCAGGAAAAAGAUGGGAGACGAUCUAAAGAAGAAGGUGGAGUCAUCAGACCAACAUCAAUGUCAUCAAUGGAACAGCCAGAGGACAAGAAUGGAGCUCCGAGAAGUCCUCUGGGGGACAAAUCCAAUCACCAAGCCAUGGUCGCAGCAGCAUCAGAGAUCCCUGGGAAAUGGCGAUGUCCUCGCAAGGCCAAAGUGGACAUGGGCCCUCCGAAGAAGCAACUGAGGCUGGAUCGCUGGUUCCAUCUCUCUCAUGGCCGCCCUACCAUCACAUGAACUCCCAGUGCACGCAGCAGAGGCAUGCUACUUCAGGAUCUGCUGCAAGUGCUGGUCGAAAAGAGGAAGAAGACAUGAUUGUUGCAGUCAAACAGUACCACCAUUGCAAUGGCCAACAAGAUUCACAUGUUUGCUUGCUUCACCUUUGUUGCAGAUGAUCAAUAGAUGUGAGGUCCACACUCCAGUCUCUCUCUUUUCUUGGGUCUACAGUAGCAAGGAAUUAGGUUGUGCAAAGAAAGGAAUAAGGUUGAAUGGGAGGAUCCCCAUGCAUUACUUGUUAGAAAAAGAAGAUGAAAUAAUGACCAUCAAGAUCCAAAGCAGAAGCUUAGAUCCAACCUAGGA